GGGGCUCCUAUACUAAUAACAUGCAAGGGGGAAAUGAUCUUGAUGGCAUUAGUGACACUGAAUCAGAAGAAGAUCAGAUAGUCGUUCAAGAUCUAAAUGGUGUUGACUCUUGUAAUACCAAGAAGAAAUCAGUGAUUGAAAAAAAGAGGGGGAGAAAUAAGUGUAAAGAAAUAGCAAGGCUAAAACCUGGUCAGAAGCUUGAAAUAAGUUUCUAUAACAAUAGAGGCGUUGGCAAGAAUCAUGAAGUAUGGGCAAGACAUUUGGGAAUUAUAGUACGAGAUACAAAUAUCUGCCCAGUGAGAGUGCACAAAUGGGGUGACAUAGGAGAAAGAGAAAAAGAUCAUAUGUGGAGUGCAGUGACGGAUGUCUUCAAUAAUGAGAAUAUAGAACUUUACAAAGAGCAUACUCUUAAGCAUAUGAAAGAAUUGUGGAAAAAUUGGAGAUCAGACUUGUUAAGGCAUAAUAUAACUAAAAAGAAGAUAACCUUAAAAGCUGCAUACUAUCGUGAUCCACCUGAAGGACUUGAAAAGGAUGAGUGGAAGUGGCUUAUAA